GGUGUAGGUGUACCUGACUUGUAAAAUUUUGCUUGUUUUGCAGUGUUUCUGCAAACUGGUUCUGCAGUCUGUCAGCUUGAAUUUUCGGUGUGCAUGGGUGGUGUUGGUGCAAAAUCACAACGGAAAUGUGGCGCUUGACGGGAGUUUGCGAGUGAGAACGUGCAUUGUCCAUGACAGCGUCUGUUUGUCGGACGAAGCUGCUGACCUGAGGGUGGAAAUUGCGUCACAACGCUCUGCGCCUCUUGGUGCAUGCAUGGAUAUCUGCAUUUUCGAUGUAAAAAUGCAGCCAAAACGCGGUGUGCAGCAAGACGAGACGGUUGUUAAGGAAAACAUUGAUUUAUAUUUGAAUCGUUGUUUAGACUUUAUACGAAAUAAUUUUUUAUUAAUUUCAAUAAAACAUUUGAUUUUGGUACAGCCCGGAUUCUGUCGGUCGCGGUCGGUGUGUCAGUCGCUAGAUAAUCGCAAGAGUUCAUGUCGUUUAUCGAAAAAACUAUGGUAACAGCGCCAACUUUCGCUCAUACCGCGAAUUUCAAGAGCUACGCUACGUUUGAUGACACACGCAGCGAUGUUGGUCGUGUUGUGUCGAGAAGUCGCUGUAAAAGGGCGCUAGAUUUCUGUAGAGAACUGCCGCUUCUUGUCAUUUUUACGUGCGCGUGCAACGCAAUUGGCAAUGGCUUUACCUACGCUGUCAGUUAUCUCAUCAUCCCAGUUUCUACUGCCUGUUCGCCUUCCUGGUCUCGCUCCGCAACCGUUUACGGAGCGUCUGCGGUUUCGGUUGGGUUCAUCGUCGGGAGUAUAAUGGGGAGCUUUGUAGUAAGGAAGCACGUGAGACUGUAUUACGUCAUGUCUAUUAUCGCCUACUCGUUGGCCCUUGGAUUUGGAGGUCUCAUGGUCCUAAGCUGUCAUCAGACGUCACUUGCAGGAGAAAUGCUCUACAUUGCCACAUUUGGUUUAUAUGGAAUCGCAUCAAUGCUUGUAUUCUUUGCCAACUUCGAGUUUGCAAUGUUCUCGAUGCCCAAUUGGCCUGGCUUUUGUGGAGGAAUUCACGGCAUGAGUAGCACUCUUAGUGCUCUUUUAUUUCCUCAACUCAUCAUUCUACUGAGGGAGUCGUUCAGUAGCUCUCACAUCAAUGCUGGCACCAUCUUCUUUUGUCUAGCAAUUUUGAAAAUUAUUUCUUCAGCACCAUGGAUGCCACUAGUGCCUGCAGAUUAUGAACAUAAACCACCCAUUAUUAAUGAUGACAUUCAGGCUGUAGAAAAUCACGCUAAAGAAAAGGUGUUUGGAAACCGUAAGAUUUGGUUGAUCUUAAUUGGAACUUUUGCUGCAUUUACGCCUCCUUAUGCUUUUCUGGCCGUUCAAGAACCAUUGCUUCGUGCUCUGUGGAAUGACAAUGAGACGCCAAUUCAAUUGUUAACUGCUCUACUUAUGACGUCAUUUCUUCUUGGACGCGCAUUUUGUUUAGUUUGCUCUGACAAAGUCGGCAUGAAGCGAGUUUGGACGGCUGCACUGCUGUCACAGAUGGUAUUCCUUUUUUGUCUUGGACUUGUUAUGCGUCAACGACAAGAUGCUUUAAUGAAGUACAUUGGGAUGACUGCGCUCUCGCUGUGUUAUGUGACAUUUGGUGCAUUCAGGUCAACAAUGGCCGGUCUUGGCCACGAGAUAUUUGGUACUCAAUAUCGACUACCUGCACUGGGUGCCAUUGCUGUGAUGACCGGAGUAGCAGGCUUGGUCGGUCCAAUGGCAAUUGAUACUAUUUACAAACACUUCAACAGCUACAUAUGGUUUUUGUUUGGAACUGCGGGUUUGUCACUGAUCGGAGGAGUGGCUAUGCUACCUGUGCAACCUGAGAAAGAGACGUAAGAAAACAAGCUAAUGCAGCAGCUAAGAUACUGCUAUACAGAAAAUCAAUGAGUAAAAUUUAGUUGAUGGUAGUUCACGAGCCUAGGCAUGCUCUGCGUAGAGGUAACGGUAUACAAUGAGUUGCACAUGCAGUAACGAUAUCAAAUCCAUUUUGGAUUUGUCCUAGUUGACCUAAUUAGAUGUAGUAUAGAGGUUGACGGCAGACAACCAUCUGUAUUGUUGUAAUUUUAGAAUAAUUGACUAGUACUGACCUAUUGUUAUUUUUGUAUAGCUGAGGAGCGUAUGUCGUAUGUUAUA